GCAGGGAUGGAGGUGUGUGAUCUGGCACGCUGUUGAAACAGACCUUUCUGUGGUCUCUGCGACAUCAGAGACCCCUGCUCAGCCGUGGAACCAUGGACUCUUCUGACGAAGAGGAGGUGCGCACCUUCGUCCAAGUCGUCAGCGAGAAGUACAACCCGGARAACUUCCCGUACGGCCAGGGGGUCGUGGUUCUGGCCAGCCCGACGGGAUCGCCUAUUAAAGACCGCCUCUUCCUGCCCAGCGCUCUGGUUCUGAAUGACUGUGGGAUCCGUAAAGCCGGCAACAGGUCCGACAUCGCAGCUUUCUGCGGUCACGUCCUGGARCUGGACCUGUCCUACAAUCAGCUCAACGACUGGGGAGAGAUUGGUACCAUCGUCUCCAGCAUCCCUCGUCUGAACUUCCUCAAUCUGAGCAUGAACCCUCUGAGCGGCGUGCAGCUGCAGCCCAGCAUGGCCGACGUCUUCUCCCGGGUCCGACGACUCGUCCUCAUCAACACACAAGUCAGCUGGGACACGGUGCACACGCUCACUCGGCACACGCCACAGCUGAAGGAGCUUUUCCUCUGCCUGAACGGCUACAACACCGUGUCUGAGUCCCAGACGUCCUGCCCGUCCCUGAGCCUGCUGCAGAUCACCGACAACCAGCUGCAGGACUGGGCCGAGGUCAGGAAGUUCGGGCGGCUGUACCCCGGCCUGAGCACGCUGGUCCUGGCCAAGAACAGUGUGAACUCUGUGGAGGACACCAAGGAGACCCUGGAGCACCUGUUCCCCAACCUGCGCAGCAUCAACCUCAACAACUCAGGUCUCAGUAAAUGGGAAGACAUCGAAAGACUGAAUUUCUUUCCUAAACUCGAGGAAGUCAAAGCACAGGGGAUUCCCUUACUGCAGUCUUACAGCAGCCAGGAGAGACGGAGCCUCCUUUUAGCGCAGCUGCCAUCUGUCAUGUUUUUGAACGGGAGCGCCGUUUCUGACGGAGAGAGAGAAGAUGCAGAGAGGUUCUUCAUCCGGUAUUACCAAGACUGUCCGGAGCAGGAACGCCCUCAGAGGUACCAGGUUCUCGUGUCAAAGUACGGUCAGUUGGCUCCGUUGGCGGAGGUGGACCUGACUCCCCGCUCCACCGUGGUGGACGUCCGCUGGGGCGACCGGGUGGAGCCCAUCAGCCUCCGCCUGGAGCAGACGGUGGGUGACCUGAAGAAGCACCUGAAGGCCCUGCUGCAGCUGCCCACCAACGGCAUCAGGCUGUUCCACAUCGACAGAGAGAUGUGUUCGGUGCGUGGACCAGAGGAGCUGAAGUGCGGCUUCAGGGCGCUUCACUCCUAYGGCAUCCGGGACGGAGACGAGAUCCUGGUGGUGCCUAGAGUCAAGGACCGCUGCAGCUCCUCAGAUCUUUGAGUAAGGAGGCUCUUUAGUUCUGAAUUAGUGAAAAUUUUUUGAAAUAAAUGAACACGUACUGGUUACUAAGCUUAAACUUGGGUAUUAGUACACAAAAAARGUGUUUUAAUCUCGAAUGUAAUAAGGUUUUACGUCCGGUGUACAAUAUUUUAUAUAUAUGCAAUAGUACAUUUGCACAUUGAAGCUUGUUUACCUUCAUUCACAGUUUUAAAUGUACACACUUGAAAUUUUGACUUUUUAGGGUUUAGGUCCAAUGAAAGGUGAGACUAAAACAGAAAUAACGUCAGGAAUAAAAGCAAUGAGGGCAAAUGUAGGGGCUCCUUUAAAAUGUUCAAUGUGUGGCUUCAAUGGUGCCAAAGAGAAACCAAACCAURUAAACAGGUGCUUUUUAACUCUUUUAAGUUACAUAUUAAAAGAUGUAUGUUUUAAUUWGCAGGAAACAACAUGGUCUCGUAAAAGAACACACUGUUUGGAAAAAACACAAAAAAAUCAAUUAAAUUUAGUGAAAUUGUUGUGCUAUUCCUAAAAUAUCUUCCUCAAAGUUAAAUCGAUAUAUCAACAUGGAUCAAAUAAAACAUUUAGUCUUAAUUAAUAGUACUUUCAUCACACAUUUAGGAGAAAAACAAGGUGCCAAAUAAAAAAAAAUGGCGUUGGGACACACAUUUUCGUUCAUCAAAGUGAUUAGGUAGAGUUUAGGCACCACAUUAAAUUAAGACGUCCAUUUAUAUCUCAAUAAUAUGAAAUAUUAAACAAGUCAAYAUUCUUUGUUGAUUGUUGUUUUUAAUGAAAAAAUAGCUGCCAUAAUUACCAAUAAAAUAUGCCAAGUGCUUGGAUUGUUAAACCACUUAAAAAUAAAAGUAGCAUUUAGUAAACGAUUGCCCGCUGCUCUGCAAGCCAAACCUUUAAAAUGCCACCAUGAUCUGUUAGUGUCUGAGGUGGGGUUUUUUUGGGAGGUGACUCUCAGCUACUACCACGCCAAACUUUAGCUUGAUAGCUGUAAAGCUGACUGAGUUGUAGCCAUUUUUGUGUCUGCUAAGGUCUACUAUCCAGCCAUCUUGAAUGAGGUCAACCUUAAAAGAGAUAAACUAGUUUCUCCGAGUAUUUCAUGAAUUUUCAUCCACUGGUUUGUGAGAUAUUUUGCUAAAAUUCACACAAGCAGGUUUGUUAUGUGGUUGCGGAUUUUAAACUAUAGGUUUAAAAGUCUAUAUAUACAUAUAUAGUACAUAUAGUAUAAGUAUAGUAUAUAUAAGGAUAGUGUCAGUUAAAGAAGAUGGAUAUAAAUAUUAGUAUAUGUAAAUAAAACAUUUAUAGAUUAUAAUAUAACAUUUAAUAGUAUAAAUGUUCAAACUUGAAGUAAAAAUUGGAUACCAAAAAACUGAGACUAUAAAGUUUAGAGCAAGAACAAGUAGGUUUAUUUUAUUUUUUAUUGAUCUUUUAUCAGCUAUAGCAGUCGCAAGAGCGCCUCUUUUUGAGCAGGUUUAGAUUCAAAUUGUUCCUUUUUAAAAAAAUUUAAUUCAUACUCGAGGAACAAAUCUGCCCUUAAUUCCUCUUGUUACCCAGAUCAGAUAGUUUCACGUGACUCCAGGGUAAAUAUCCUGGGGUAACCACCGGAGCCGGUGGAGAAAUGCCGUGUGUUUAGGGUUACCGUUUCGUCAAAACGCCGCCUGCRAAAGGCGAGACAAGUCCGAGGGUAGCUUUGGGUCUGGGACAGAAACGGAGACUGGUCACCGAUCGAGUUACAGCAGGUCUUCUGUCUGUUGAGCUCAUGAAUGGUAGCGGCUCUGUCUCCCUGCACAAGCAGCUGAGAAGCGUUGAGACCCUUUCUGUAUGGGAACUAGACACCGGCUGCUGUGUCAUUGAGACUUCCGCUGUGUUUAGGUUAGAACAGGUUCAACCAAAAGAUUUCUCACCGAUUCACCACAGUGCGUCUCUAUUUUACCACCUACCAACACUCGGAGCUCUGAAGCAUUGAAUAAACGUCCUUUUAAAACUUUAAGAUGAUGAAUUUGGCUUUUUUAAAACUUCCCUCUAAUUAGCACCCGCUUUACAACUCAGUGUUGUAAAAUCAACCAAAUAUAGUGUUACAUAAGUUACUGUGCAGUUCCUCCGAGUUCAAUUUGGGUCCAUACCUUCCCCAUGUUCCCCAGUCCCUCUGUUCCCCAAAAAUCUCUGUUCCCCCGUACUUAUGUCCCCCAGUAUCUAUGUUCCCUAGUACUUCUGUUCCCCAAUAAUUUAUGUUCAGUGGUACCUUUGUUCCCCAGAUAAUCUCUGUUCCAUGGUGCCUGUGUUCCCUAGUACCUCUGUUCCCAGAUAACCUCUGUUCCCUUGUACCUUUGUUCCCCGAUAACCUCUGCUCCCCUGUACUUAUGUUUCCUGGUACCUCUGUUCCGCUAACCUAUGUUCUCCAAUAAUUUAGCACCCCAGUACCUAUGUUCUCUAGUAAUUCUGUUCCCCAGUCCCUCUGUUCCUCAGUAAUUAUGUUCCCUAAUAUCUCUGUCUCCUGGCACCUUCUGUUCCGCGGUACUUAUUUUCUCCCAUGAUUAAUAAUGAAAGUCUGGUAAACAUUGGGAUGGGUGCACUGGAGGGAACAUAGAGAUUCUGAAGAACAUAGUUACAGUACCAGGAAACAUAGGGGUGUCUGGGGAACCAUCUGCAUUCCCUGGACAUGGUUGUUGCUUAAUUACAUGGGAACCUAUAAUCUUUAACAUGGGUGUACCAAGGAAUAUAUGUACCGUUAAACAUAGGGAUGACCGCUUUUAUUUGGUAAGACAUUGAUGUCAAGAUCGAGUUGUUGCAAAAGAUAUACGAGGGGUGAGCUUUCUAUGGAGCUGUGAAUACAUAUAACUACAGUAUUCGCUCAACAGUUUGGUGACUCUAAACUGUUAACUAAUGCUAAUGUUAGCACUGGCGUAUUGGAGCAAAUUUAAGCUCAAGCUUUUUUGAAAGAGCUGAAUUUCUUUACAUCCUUAGCAGAAAUCAGGCUCUUUUUGGCUGAUUCCGUUAAAUAUUUGGGUGUUUUUGUUUGUUGUUUUUGAUAUUUUGAUUGUUGCUUUAACACAUUGUGUAGCAAAUAACUGGAGACAUCUUAUCAUGUUUUAUUGAUCUGUGUAUAAUAUCUCAUGAUGAGUGUGUGCACAGGAAAUUAGUUUUUUUUGGGGGGGKGGGGGGGGGGUUGUUUUUAUUGCUGUGAGUUGUUUGGCUGGUUUGCAAGGCUGGAAAUUCUUUGUUUUAAUUUGUUGUAUGUAAUUUGUGUCAUUUCAGGGAGGUUGUGUUGUUUAUGGGCAUUUGUCAUUUUUAUUUUAAAUAUGAAAUAUUACCAGUCAUUCACACUUCAGUUUUUAGAAACACCAAAUAAGAACAUUUUUCAAAUCAAAAAAUAAAACUUGACCUAUAAUACAGUUUGCCUUGUGAUGUCUGAAUUACGGUGUGUUUUUCACUUAUAUCAUAUGUUUUCAGUUUCUAUUGCUCUUGUCACUUUAAUUUCAGGUUGGUUUCUUGAAAUAAUGAUGCUGUUUCUAUACCUGUACUGUGUAAACGUGCUUUCACUUCUCCUAAAUAAACUUUAAAAACCGGA